AUGAAUAGCAAAGAUGCAGUAGUAAAUGCUGUCAAGAACUUGGGGUACAGACACAUUGAUACUGCUUGGCUAUAUUAAAACGAGCAAAUUAUCGGUGAGGCUUUGCAUGAAAUACUCAAUGAUGAGUCAUGCAAAAUUAGCAGAGAGGAAAUAUGCCUAGUCACAAAGAUCUGGCCCACUUAAUUCCAAGAUCCUGAAUCAGCUGUCAAAGAGUCAUUGAAGAAAUUAGGUGUAGAUUAUAUUGAUGUCUAUCUUAUUCAUUGGCCUACUUAAUUUGCUGAUCCAAGCACCAGAGUCCCUCUUCAUGUUCUCUGGAAAACUCUCGAAUCCUUUGUAGAUUAAGGGCUGGUGAGAAGCUUAGGAAUAUCAAACUUUAACUUAUAAUUGACUGCAGAUCUUUUAACCUACGCAAAACAUAAACCUGUCUGCAAUCAGGUCGAACUGCAUCCUUAUUGCAAUCAAAGCUAACUUGUGAAGUUUCUGCUAGAUAACUAAAUAGUUCCAGUGGCUUACUGUCCUUUAGGCAGACCAAGCAUAGCUGCUGAGCCUGGCUAGUAAGAGGUAUCGCUUAAGUACACAAAAGUCCCAGAUCUCAGACAAGAUCCUAAAAUUAUAAGCAUGGCUACUAAAUACAACAAAUCUGAGUUUUAAGUUGCACUAAGAUGGAAUACUCAAAGAGGGUGUGGUGUUAUCCCUAAGUCAGCUAGCUCUGACCAUUAAAAAGAGAAUUUAGAGAUAAAUGAUUUCAUCUUAGAGGAGGAAGACAUGAUCUAUUUGAGCAGUUUAAACUAGAACUUGAGAAUUUGCAACAAUUUUGAAUUUCUUAAGGGCUAUGAUAUAUUUGCUUGA